AUGCGUGCCAGAGGCAUUGGCCGUGUCACAUGGGAAGACACGAUUCCCCAUCAAAUAUCCCGAGGCAACAAAGCGGAUCAUCCCAGACACUCUAAGAAGAAGAUGUUAAUGAAGUCCCAGUUCCUCAAGACCAGCGCCUCUGUAUUCGCCUCUCCCUCUCCUGCGCUGGCCCCGAUACCUACGAGACUGCCCCAGGUUAUUCAGGAAACCCAUCGCAAAGAGAAAACUCCUUCACGAAAGGAGGGCAGCGAAUGGCCUCAUAGCCUCUACUGUCUCUCCGAGCAAGCCCUACCGGGGCAAACUGGCAACAAAGACCAAGAGAGCGAUGACAAAACAUCAGUGACCCUGGCUUUCAGCAUUGGUUGA